UUUAGGACUUUUCGUUUUCUCACUUUUCUUUAUUUCUAUCUUGUCAUCAGUAUCUAUCCGCAUUUUCGAUUUAUCUUUCUAAAUACAUGGUAAAGAAAAAAAGAAAAAGGAUUUUAUGUAAAAAAAAAAAAAAAAAAAAAAGAAAAAAUCUUUCUAGAGAAAUUAUUUGAGUGUUGUAUAAAAAUUUUCCUAAGAUAAAGAAAAAGAAAGAAAAAAUAAGAAGUUACUCAAGUGUAUACAAAAAUCUAAUAAUUAAUUCCAAUGUAAUCGUAAUAACUGACCUGUUCUAAUGGUUUAUAAUUAUGGAAGAGCAUUUCGAAGAGGACAUUUUCAGUAUCACAUAUAAUUUUCUCCAUAAUAGGUUCUCCUUUUUCAUUUUUCGUCAAUAAACACUUACGUUUCUUCCUUUUGUUACAAGUUAUUGUUCUUUCAACAUAAAUCGGUGUUUUAAUGAUAGGACCAAGUGGCAAUAAUUCCGGCAUAAUACGUAUUCCUACCGGUAUAUCAGGAAUUUUUUCAAGGACAUAACCAUCACCUUGAUCUUUCGAUAUUAAAGUGGUUUCUUUUUCCAGAUCGAUAUCAUGAAUGUAUAUAUCAUUGAUCGCUCUAAGUGGCAUUAAACAAAUCGAUAAAUCACGCGAAUAAAAAUAUUUCUUAUCGUUAAAUUUGAUUAUUUUCGUUGGCUUAUAAGAAUCAUCCGGGAGAGGUAAUACGUGUACUUUAGUUUGUAAAUUGGCCACCAAGAUAUCAACUUUCUUUUUAACUUCUAAUUUAGAAUCUAUCGAGAAUCUAGAGACCAAUGAGUGAAUAGAUCUCUUAGCAUGUUUUGCAUCUAAAAGAGUACAAAGCGUUCCCUUCGGUGGCAUCACGUAUGGCGGUGGAUGAAUAUAUUUGAAUUUUUCUAAUAUCCUUUCGGGAUGUAUGAUCUUUUGUGUAAAUUCAUCCUCGGUUUGUAUUUUAACAUUACCAGUUAAUAAUAUUAAAUUCAAACGAUAAGGCGCAUCGGGUUGAUCCUUUUCCUCUAUUACCAAAAGUGGACAAAUAAUAGGUUUCUUUUCGGCUUCUUCCAAUGCUUUUAAAUGUGCCUCGAUUAAAGCUUCCUCGUCCUCCUCCUCUUCAACUUCUUCCUCUUCUUCUUCUUCUUCGUCCUCUUCUUCCAUUUCUUCUUUUCCCUCAUCCUCUCCUUUUACCACUUCUUCUGUCAUAACGGUAGCCUUCUCCAUUUGCAUAUCCUUUAACAAUUUAUCUUUUUCUAAUUCCACGAGAUCAUUAUCGGUGACCGGUAAGAAAUUAGUUUUAAACUUCCUCAUCAUACUAUCAUCAGGAAUCUCAACGUGCUGUUCCAUCGCCGUAUAUUUACCAGGUUGAAUCGAAUCCAAUGAAACAAAAUGAAUAAUAAAAUCAUUCUCAUUAUACUCCAAUAUACCGUAAAUAAUAUCGGUGAGUUCCUUAAUCGUAUCAACGACCGCAAAUGACGCAGGAUAAUUAAGUAAUCUCCAACCUUCCUCGUCGCUGCCAUAAGGAUUAAAUAAAAAAUAUUUAUUAUUUUCCUUCCAUAUACCGUACAUAAGUCUUUUAUUUUCCAAUAUUAAUUCCAUGUAAUCAUUGAAAUAACAUUCUAAUGCCUCGGCCAAAUUUACAAGAGGAUUCGCAUAACCGGCGAUUAGAUUCAUUUUUGUUUUAAAAACGACAUCGUUCUCGGCGAAUUUUAAUCUAAUUGGUAGCAUAGAUAAAUCCAAAUGGCUUGGUGCCGGUAACAUUUUUAAAAUUUUAGCAGCUUUCUCCUCCUCCUCCUCCACCUCCUCCUCCUCCUCCUCCUCUACCUCCUCCUCCUCCUCCUCGGCUUCCUCUUCUUCCUCAUCCAAUCUCCUCUCUUUUCUUCCCUCUUCUUUUUCACCUUUCAAUUUGGGUUUACCAUCCUUUAUCCAAUUGAUAACAUCUUCGUAACUCUUAUUACCUAUAUCUACGAUCUGAUCGAGAUCUAUAUUUCUCCAUUCUGAUGGAUCCUUCAAUUUUCUAUAUGUCAAUGCUACCAAAGCAAUUAUUAAACCUUGUCUACCUCUAUGACGAAUUUUAUAAUCAGGAUGCAAACAGUUCUUCGUACCUUGAACUAUUAAACGAUGCGGAUUUACCACGUUGUAACCUGUAAUUUGUUUUAUUUCAGAGUCUAUAAUCGAUUCUACUUUAUCUUUUUCAACAUCGAUAUCUCUUCCUUCUUCUUCGUCUUCUUCUUUUUCUUCCUCUUCCUCUACCUCGUCCACGUCUAAAUCGGUAGUUGUCUCUUUUAUUACUGGUUUACUAGCUGUUACAAAAGUUCUUGGUUCAUUUUCUCUAAGCAUAUACUGACUAGCAUUUUUCAUUAGUUCUGGAAAUUGUGUCUCGGCGUCAUAAUAUUUGUCUAAUUCGUAUCUUAUUGUAGGUGUCAUGUCUAAUUUUUUUUCAACGAUUUCCUUGGACGAUUCAAUCAAUGGCGCCAAGGGCCUACGAUUCGUAUCCCUUUCUCUGUAUAUUAUUUUUUCAAAUGGACCCUCGUGUACCGUACCAGUCUUCACGUAAAGUACUUUAAUACCAUGAAUGAAAAAUGGAUCUUUGUCUUUGCUAAGAGUAUUUUCUAAAAUAGUUUCGACCAUUUGAUUGAUCGAACUAUUCAUGGUAACGCAUGCGGCAUCUCUUGCACCAUUAAUUUUCUUUCGUUCAACGCUAUAAUCUAUUCUAAAUCCUUCCUCGUCGCAAGCAAAUGGAUCCAUGAAAUAAUACGUAUCGUUUUGCUUCCAAAUAGCGUAAUAAAAUUUUUUAAUAUCCAAUAUGCCUGCUCUUUGGGUAGCAAAGAAUUCACGUAUUCCACUGUCUAUAGCAAGUUUACCCUUCUUUUUCCCAGAACCAGGGAUUAUGUUUUGUUGUAAUUUGAUUUUGGCCGAAUAAACGCCUAAUAUCAAAUCACCCAUUAUAUCGUCCAAACGUAAUUCGAAUUCUUUGUCGGCUAAAUUUUUGUCCAAUGCUCUGGCAAGAUCUAUUAGAUAAAUGUUCGACUGAUUGAAUAUCAAGUCGAUCAGAGCGGUAGUCCAUUUGUUCGUAUUGACCAAACAUGAAUAAACUAUAGCAGCGAGUGCAAUUAUAAGAUGUCCACGGCCACGAAGUAUCUCUGGUAUUACAGGAUGCGUCAAAUGAUAUGAUCCUUGAAUGACAGCACGAAAUUUCUCUUGAAUUUUAUAACCACUUGGUCGUCUUUGAGGUUUCCCAAGAGAUUUUUCUGGUUCGUCCAAAACAUCGAUUAAAGAGGAUGGUAGAAUACCGCUGAUAGAUAUUGGAUAAAUUACGAAUGGUUCAUUUUUAACGUUACUUUUUUCAAGUAUUAUAAAAUAAACUCCUAUCAAGUCCUUGACCAAAAAUAAUUUAGCCGAACCAUCUUCGCCAUUUUUAGCUGGUUCGCAAUUUUCCUUUCUAGCUUGACCAUCGAAUAUACUGAAAUAUCUUGAAUCUUUCCAAAUUGCCAAAUUUAAUACAGGCGAGGUCAAUAUACCCGAAUUGUACCUUUUAAAGAAAAGUUCUAACGCUUUGAUCAAAUGCAAUUCGGUUGGAUCGUGAGAACGAAAUUUUCCCGCGUAAGAUGGAUCCUUGAUUGUUAUAUGAACGUUAAAUUUCUUUUGAACGCAUACGAUCCUUUUUAAAUCCAAUAUCGAUAAAUGCCUACGAUCAGUCGUUUUAACAUCCUUGUAUGAUUCACAAUAAAACGUAUCACCGUCCUCGAUUAUCUGAUCUAUUACAGACUCGUUCCAACAUCUUGAUUUGUAUAUCGCUGUCGUUGCGAAAGCAGCUAUUGCUAUAGCGCCACCCUAUUAUUAAAGAAAAUUCAUCAGACGAAUAUAUAAUUUCGAAUGUUAACGAAAUAUAUGAUAAUUUUUUUGUUUAAUCAUAAUUCACAUCUAAUUAUUCUAAUACCUGAUGACCACGAGAAAAUGGCGAAAAUUUCAACAUGUUCGAAUGAGUUAAGCCAGAACGUAUGCCGUAUUUAAUACAAGCUGGUAAUUCUGCUUUUAUCGCGGUAAGCGAAUAACUAUCGUAAGAUAAAUCGAGAAGAUCGUUUAACUUUUCAUAUUCAUUUUCGAGAUCCUCGUCUAAUUCAUCGGUACUCGGUGCAUUGUCCUCAGCAGCAAUAACAUCAUCCGUUAUCCUGCCAAUUGCAUUUAUCGUAUCAAUCGAGACUACUUCCUCACAUUCGCAAAAUUGUUUCCAUUUUUCUCGUAAUUUUAGUUUCUUGAUUUUCUCUAAUUCCGCUCCUGACUUUUCUUCCUUGGAUCCACCCUCAUCCAUUUUUUCUCUCUUUCUCUUUCUAUUUUGUUGUAUUUAAUUUUUUUUUUUUUCUAACCUCCGUUACACCUUUAUACGAUUAGAUCGAACUCAUUAGAGGUUUUUAUUAGAUUUUUUACUUACUUACUUAAUUACUUACUUUGAUUAAAUUAAGUUUCCGCUCGAAAUUUUAUAAAUUUUUCGAACGAUCCUUAAUAAAAAUGUAUUGUAUAAUUCGAUUUUAUUACAUUAUUACAUUUGUGAAUACUUGAAAUUUAGACAUUCGACAUUACGAAGAUUGUGAUAAUAUCAUAGUGAAUUUUGACGUUUUCAAGGUAACGAUAUAUUUUAAUCGAUACAUUGAUCUCUUCAUUUAUUUGCAUGCAUCAUUCAUCAUUUCGACAUGUAAAAUUUAUUGAAUUAAAAAUCUUUUAAUUCUAACUUUAGCAAUCAAAAUUCUAGAAUGAAAUUUUACAAAAUUUUAACGUAAUGUAACGUUUAAAUUAUUCAAAAAUAAAUUUAAUGGACUUAAUUAUUCAAUAAUCAAAAGAAAAAAAAAAAACAUUUAUUAGCCAAUUCGAAGUGAUAGCAGGAUUAGAAAAAAAAAACAAAAAAAAACAAAAUGUAUAAAAAUUGGAUAAACAAUAAUUACGAAGGUAAUUAAUAAAAAAAUUUAUUACGUUAUAUUUCAACCAAGUUUAAUAUACUAUAGUAACAAUUAAUUGUCAAAUCAAUCAAUAUAUAUAUAUAUAUAAUAAGUUAUAAUGAAUUUUGCUAUUUUUCAGAAAACAUUAUUAACAAUUAACAAACACAAAAAAAAUCAUGUUAAGCGACAGAACUUGUGAAAAAUAUAAAGAAUGGAAAAAAGAACAAAAACAUUUAAAGGAUACGAAAAAGAAAAUAAAAAGAAAAUCUAAAAAAGUGACAACAGAUUGUAUCGAGGAAGAAAAGAAAGCAAAGACUAUUAUCAAAAUUCGUUAUCGUAAAUGUGAAAAAAAUGGGAAAGAAAAAAGACGAGAAGAAAAAGGGAUAUUUAAACCAAAGCCAAUUUCUUCAAUCGAUUUAUUAUUUAAAAGAAUUAAACCCUCAUUAGAAGUUAGACAUCAAUUUUUAGAUCCUCGACACAUACAUUGCUUUAUCGAAUCAUUACCAGAAAUCGAUUUGAAAGAAAUUGCGCAACGAGAAAAAAAGAAAACCGAGCAAAAGUAUCUUAAAAGAAGAAAAAAAAAGCGAAAGAAAAAAAUUUCUGAAGAGGAAAAGGCGAUCGACCGUAAAGAAGAAACAAAAUUACAAGAAAAUUCUGCUCCAACAGCUAAUGAAGAGAGCAAUGAAACGAAAGAGGAAACGGCGAACGGGAAAAUUACAAAAAAGAAAAAGAAAAACGAUGAACAGAGUACAGAAAAGAAUCGAAAAAAAAUCAGGAAGAAAGAUAAAUUCUGGUGCAAAAAAUAUCAGAAAAAAAUCGAAUCUGAAUCUGAAGAUAGCGAAUGCGAGAGUAUAUGUUCGUACGAUAGUGAAAUUUGUCUCAAAGGAUUAGCAUUAACUGUAGAAGAUAAAAAGAAAAUUGAAGAAAAUCGUCAACGUGUCCAAAGUUCGUCCGAGGGAUAAAUUAGAUUUCGUCUAACGACAAGAAAAAAAAGAGAAAAAAAGAAAAAUCAAUAAAAAAAAAAAAAAAGAAGAAAGAAAGAAA